AUGCUUGUUGGCGCCUUGACGGGACCGAUCUACGAUGCUGGUUACUUUCGCGCCUUGUUGACUGUAGGCUCUUUCGGCGUUGUCUUCGGACAUAUGAUGCUAUCCUUAGCUACGACUUACUGGCAGGUCAUCCUCGCUCAAGGAAUUUGCGUUGGUCUGGGUGCUGGAUGUCUGUUUGUACCGUCGGUCGCCAUCUUGAGUACUUACUUCAGCACGAGGAUUGCUACCGCUAUGGGUCUUGCUGCUGCUGGAAGUAGUUUAGGUAAGCUCUGUCUAUAUUCGCCUCCUAGUUGUCCACUAACAUCGCAUACAGGCGGUGUCAUCUACCCUAUCGUAUUCUAUCGCCUCGAACCACGCAUCGGAUUUCCCUGGGCAACUCGUGUAAUUGGCUUCAUCGCUCUCGGAACUCUCAUUAUUGCCAACUCGGUCAUGCGCGUGCGCGUCCUCCCAGCUGCUCGUCGUGCCGUUCUCGACCUCAAGGCUUUUACCGAGCUGCCAUACCUCUUCUUCGUGCUUGGUGGCUUCCUUGCCUUCAUGGGACUGUACGCACCCUUCUUCUACAUCGAGAGCUACGCCAUCACCUACAACAUCACGUCGGAGAGUUUGGGCUUCUACACUUUGGCCAUCAUCAACUCGGCUUCAGUCUUUGGUCGUGUUUUGCCCAACCUCGUUGCUGAUCGUACUGGACCAAUGAACAUAAUCAUUCCUUGUUGUGUCAUCUCUGGAAUCAUCGCACUGUGCCUUAUCCCUGUCCGCAGCGAAGCAGCGCUCAUUGUCGAGUGUGUGCUAUAUGGCUUCUUCUCUGGCGCUUUGGUGUCGUUGCCACCUACGGUUUUCGUCCAUCUGUCGCCUAACAGAGGACUCAUUGGCACGCGUAUGGGACAGGGCUUUAGCAUCAUUUCGAUCGGUCUGUUGCUCGGUACGCCUAUCUGCGGAUGGAUUUUGAAUGGCAGUGGGUUUACCGAGGUGUGGGUCUUUGCCGGAGUAUUGAUUCUGGCAGGCGGCAGUCUCAUGUUUGUGAGCAGGUUCUUCAAGGCAGGAUUCAAGCUCGUGCAAAGGGUUUAG